CUUCAACCCCGCGGAGGGGGAGUUGGCUCUGCUUGCCGCCCUGGGCGAACAGAUUUCCCGGCGGCCCUGGCCAUGGCAUCUCAGGAACGGCUUCUCAUCCGCGGCGGUCGUGUGGUCAACGAUGACUUCUCGCAAGUGGCCGAUGUGCUGGUGGAGGACGGCGUGGUGCGCGCGCUGGGGCCAGACCUGUUGCCCCUCGGGGACGCGCCCCGGGGGCUGCGGAUCCUGGACGCGGCGGGCAAGCUCGUCCUGCCCGGAGGCAUCGACACACACACGCACAUGCAAUUCCCGUUCAUGGGCUCGCAGUCGGUCGACGACUUCCACGAGGGCACCAAGGCUGCUUUGGCAGGAGGCACCACCAUGAUCAUUGAUUUCGCCAUUCCUCAGAAAGGCGGCUCCCUCAUUGAGGCCUUUGAGACCUGGCGCAACUGGGCAGACCCCAAAGUCUGCUGUGACUACAGCCUGCAUGUGGCGGUGACAUGGUGGAGUGAGAAGGUAAAAGAAGAAAUGAAAACCCUCGCCCAAGAGAAAGGCGUUAACUCCUUCAAGAUGUUCAUGGCCUACAAGGACGUGUACAUGGUACAAGAUGAAGAGAUGCACGCAGCCUUCUCUCAGUGUAAGGAGGUCGGCGCAAUCGCCCAGGUGCACGCUGAAAACGGAGUCCUGAUUGCAGAGGGAGCAAAGAAGAUGCUGGCGUUGGGGAUAACAGGCCCGGAGGGGCAUGAGCUGUGCCGCCCCGAAGCAGUGGAGGCGGAGGCCACUUUGAGAGCCAUCACGAUCGCCAGCGCCGUGAACUGCCCUCUGUACGUCGUGCACGUGAUGAGCAAAUCUGCGGCGAAGGUGAUAGCUGCCGCGAGGAGAGAAGGAAAGGUGGUCUAUGGGGAGCCGAUUGCAGCAGGUCUCGGCACUGAUGGCACACACUACUGGAGCAAAGAAUGGCGUCACGCAGCCCACCACGUCAUGGGUCCUCCGCUCAGACCGGAUCCUUCAACACCAGGCUUUCUCAUGAAUCUGUUGGCUAAUGGAGACCUGACCACAACGGGGAGUGACAACUGCACUUUCAACACCUGCCAAAAGGCUCUAGGGAAGGACGACUUUACUAAGAUUCCCAACGGGGUGAAUGGUGUUGAGGACCGGAUGUCGGUGAUAUGGGAAAAGGGCGUGCACAGUGGUAAAAUGGAUGAAAACAGAUUUGUGGCAGUUACCAGCACAAAUGCAGCUAAAAUCUUCAAUCUUUAUCCAAAAAAAGGAAGGAUAGCUGUGGGAUCAGAUGCUGACAUUGUGAUCUGGGACCCACAAGCUACAAGGAGGAUCUCAGCCCAAACUCACCACCAGGCGGUUAACUUCAACAUCUUCGAGGGCAUGGUUUGCCAUGGGGUGCCUCUGGUGACUAUUUCAAGAGGCAGAGUGGUGUAUGAAGCAGGUGUUUUCAGCGUCACGGCGGGGCAUGGGAAGUUUAUUCCGCGCAAAGCAUUCGCUGAGCACGUUUACAAACGAAUCAAGCAGCGAGACCAGACCUGCACACCUGUGCCAGUGAGGCGUGCGCCCUACGAGGGAGAAGUCAUAACACUGAAAUCCAGAGAGACAAAGGAAGAUGCCGCUGGAGCCAGGAUGCAGCGCCACUGCUGAUCCGGUGCAGAGGUUGAGCCAGUGCCACGGUGCUGUCAAAGGGUCAGACGCUGCCACUCGAAGCUGACCUGAUGGAUGAAGGUGUGUGUGUGUCAGCUGGAGCACUGCUGGACUCAGGUCUGGUCUUCUGCACACUCGGGAACUGCACACAUUUGACAACCACUUCCUGCUUAACCCUGUGACAGCAGGGAUUUGGAUAAUGAGCCCCUGGAUACUGCAGAUCUGGGCCCUCAUGCACGUGCUCUCUCAUUGUUGAACAUUGUCUUUUUUUUUUUUUUUUUUUAACAAUGCCAGCCUCAAGCUUCAGUAUUUCUGUCAUUUCCAUAUUACUGGAAUUAUUCAUGUGACUCAGAAAGAUUAUAUUUAAAAUUCCAGAGAUUAGCGAGAGAAAGAAAUGACGCUGGGUGUGAUCACAUGCUAGAGCUUCUGUAGAGAAAGGCUUAGUGUUUGCUUUGAUUAGAACAUUUCUUGGUGUUAGCUUGAAUGCAGUCUCCCUUUGUGAGGGAGAGCGCUACACCGAGUGCCUUUUAUUUUCU